UUCUCGACUGUGACGUCUGAGGCAUUCUCGUCGUUCGUCGAUUUACUUCUUUAUAGCAUUCGCUCAUUUUUCGUCAUUGGACUUGAGUGACUACAAUUCGAUUAAUAAGAAGGAGUUGAGCGUCGUGACGUUACUGCGACAUGAAUAUAUCGCAAAUUCCACAGCCAGGACAAAUGGGAUUAGGACAAAUGUCGCAACCUAACCCCCAAAUACCCCAAGCUCAACAGCAGCAGCAACAGCAACAGCAACAGCAACAACAACAACAGCAGCAACAGCAGCAGCAGCAACAACAACAACAACAGCAGCAGCCACAACAGCAGCAGCAACAGCAGCAAUCUCAGCAACAACAGCAACCGCAACAACAGCAACACACGCAAGAAAAAUUGGAUAAUAUAUCCAAGGUGAAAUCCCUUGUCGGUCCGCUCAGAGAUUCGCUCGCUAUCGCCUUGAAAACCGCAGCUUCAACUCUGCAACAAAACAGCAUCGUCGACGUUGGAACUUACAAAGGUAUCGAUGUUCCCAUUCAAUACAGAUUCGACAAGAACAUCGAGGAGUUUUAUUCGAUAUGCGACCAGAUAGAACUCCAUCUGAAAACGUCGAUUGAAUGCUUGUCCCAGAAUUCAAGCUCUGUAAGGUAUCUUCCGAUGUCCGUUGCCACCACCAGGACUGAGGCUGUCUCGGGACAAGAAGGUCCUGCUCUCACCUAUCCACAGUUCCUAAUGACCGUAAGGUCGCAGGUGGCUUAUGCCAAAGACAUUCACGACACACUCAUAUCUGCGGCUCACACAAUCACUCCUGGAGAAUGAGGCUAAGAUUAAACAACGAUCCCGUUUUACUUAAAGUGUGAGAUAUUUGGGUAUUUGUAGCAACCUUCGACGUUACUUGGUUGUUCGGUGAAUCUCGGGGUCCAGAUUCCUCCUCCAGCUCUGGAAGAAUAUGCAGCUGAUCUAAUAUGUUACAAUCAGCUGUAAUGAAUUUCACGUAGUUCUAUUUGAUGACAUGUUAUGUCGCUGGAUAAUAGAAAUUUUGACAGUAUUAUAAGAACCAUAUAUUUCAUACAACAGCAA